AUGGUCAAGGCGUAUCCAUCUCCUCUCUGUGUUGUGAUUGAUGCCUUUCCUUGGUCAUCUCCUCUCUGUGUUGUGAUUGGUGCCUUUCCUUGGUCAUCUCCUCUCUGUGUUGUGAUUGGUGCCUUUCCUUGGUUGCUCCAGAUUACCUUCUACGAGGACAGGAACUUCCAGGGCCGUUCCUAUGAGACCAGCUCAGACUGCCCUGAGUUGACCUCCUACCUGAGCAGGUGCAACUCCUGCAGGGUGGAGAGCGGCUGCUUCAUGGUGUACGACCGCUCCAACUUCCAGGGAAACCAGUACUUUGUGAGGAGAGGAGAGUAUGGUGACUACCAGCGUAUGGGCAUGUCUGACUCCGUUCGCUCUUGUCGUAUGAUCCCCAUGCACAAAGGACAGUUCAGGAUGCAGGCCUAUGAGAGAGAGAACUUCGGGGGUCAGAUGCACGAGCUGAUGGACGACUGUGACUCCAUCCAGGAGCGUUACCGCAUGUCCGACUGCCAGUCCUGCAACGUGAUGGAGGGCCACUGGCUCAUGUACGAGCAGCCCCACUUCAGAGGCAGGCAGAUGUACGUGAGGCCUGGAGAGUACAAGAACCUCAGAGAGAUGGGAAACAGCUCCGUGAACAGAUACAGUUCCAUGAGACGUAUCCUGGAUUCCUGCGAGAGCCAGCAUCAUUGA